GCAGACAAUGAUACGGGCGUCAGGGAUGGCGGAGCCAAGAGACGGGAAGUCAUGGGUGACUGACACACCCGGUGGAAGAGAACCACCUGCCCAGCAUGAAACCCACCUUGGCCUGUAAGGUUUCUCAAGAGCUUGCUCCCAGAAAAAACCUGGAUGGAGAACAAAACAGAAAGUUAGCAGCGGGGAAGGAACUCGGGGCUGCAACAGCGCGCGGCGGCGGCGGCAGAGGCUGAAGCAGGAGCCGCGGCGGAGCCGGGGAAACGGGGGCGCUGCAGACGGAGCAGGUGCAGCCGGCGGGUCCGCGCGCCCCCCUGGUCCCCUUGCCGGAGGCUGAGGGGGGGUGGUGGGGGCCACCCGGACUCCGCGGGAAGAGUGGGGAGGGGGCCAUGCAGCCGGGCUCUCCCCGCGCAGCGGGACAGCGGCCAGGGCCGGGGUGCAGCGGCGUCGCUUCACGCAGCCGGGGCGGCUGGGCGGCGGCGGCGGCGGCUGAAACCAUGUCCGGGCAGCGCCGGGGGCUGCCGGCCGCCGCCGCCGCCGCCGCGAGCCGGGAGCCACGAUGGCCCCGUGGCCCGCACCUCCUCCGCCUCCGCCUCCGCCUCCACCUCUCGCCGCGCCGCCGCCGCCCGGCGCCUCUGCUAAGGGGCCGCCGGCGCGCAAGCUGCUUUUUAUGUGCACCUUGUCCCUGUCCGUCACCUACCUGUGCUACAGCCUCCUGGGCGGCUCGGGCUCCCUGCAAUUCCCCCUGGCGCUGCAGGAGCCGCCGGGCGCCGCCGCUGAGCCCCCGCCGAGCCCGCCGCCACCCUCUCUGCUGCCGCCCCCCGUGCGCCUCGGCACCCCCUCGCAGCCGCCCGCGCCGCCGCCGGACAACGCGAGCCGCGGGGAGCCCCCGGAGCCCUCCGAGCAGCCCGCUGCCCCCGGGGCCGACGGCUGGGGGCUGGCGAGUGGCGGCGGGGGCGCUCGGGACACCUGGCUCCGGACCCCGCUGGCCCCUGGCGAGAUGAUCACGGCGCAGAGCGCGCUGCUGGAGAGGGAAGCGCAGGAGUCCAGCACCACAGACGAGGAGCUCGCAGGCCGGAGAGCGGCCAACGGGAGCAGCGAGAGGGGCGGCGCCCUCAGCACCCCCGACUAUGGGGAGAAGAAGCUGCCACAGGCGCUCAUCAUCGGGGUCAAGAAAGGAGGCACCCGCGCGCUGCUGGAGGCGAUCCGAGUCCACCCGGACGUGCGGGCCGUGGGCGUAGAGCCACACUUCUUCGACAGGAACUACGAAAAGGGGCUGGAGUGGUACAGAAAUGUGAUGCCUAAGACUUUGGAUGGACAGAUAACCAUGGAGAAGACGCCAAGUUACUUUGUGACCAGUGAGGCUCCCAAGCGCAUCCACUCCAUGGCCAAGGACAUCAAACUCAUCGUGGUGGUGAGAGACCCCGUGACCAGGGCCAUCUCUGACUACACCCAGACACUGUCAAAGAAACCGGAGAUCCCCACCUUCGAGGUGCUGGCCUUCAAAAACCGGACCCUGGGGCUGAUCGAUGCCUCCUGGAGCGCCAUUCGAAUCGGGAUCUACGCUCUGCACCUGGAAAACUGGCUCCAGUACUUCCCCCUUUCUCAGAUCCUCUUCGUCAGUGGCGAGCGGCUCAUAGUGGACCCUGCUGGGGAAAUGGCCAAAGUACAGGAUUUUCUAGGCCUCAAGCGUGUUGUGACUGAGAAACAUUUCUAUUUCAACAAGACCAAGGGGUUCCCUUGCCUAAAGAAGCCGGAAGACAGCAGUGCCCCGAGGUGCUUAGGCAAGAGCAAAGGUCGGACUCAUCCCCGCAUCGACCCAGAUGUGAUCCACAGACUGCGGAAAUUCUACAAACCCUUCAACAUGAUGUUUUACCAAAUGACUGGCCAAGAUUUCCAGUGGGAACAGGAAGAGGGUGACAAAUGAGGCUAGAGAUGUGGAGGGAAGGCAAGUGAAUAGUUAAGGAGGCUCCUUACCUGAGUCCUGAACCUCCCAGGGUCUGCAACCUCAGCCUUGCUAGAGUGCCAAGUAGAUCUCCUCCUUUAUCCAGUCAGGAAUA